CAAUCUGUUAUUUUUAUUCUAACCUUCAAAAAUUGAGUUUUUGUUAAAUUGGCAUUCAAUUCUAUAUAGAUGUGCUGAAAAGUAGAAUAUCUAGAAUAAAAAUUAUUAUUAAGAAAAAUGGAACCUAUAGGAUAUCCUCUCAAGGAGAGCUCAAAAGUUUCUUUUGCUGAUACUAUUCGAGUCACCAAAGAGGAAGAAGAGAGUCGUAAUAUCUGUAAGGUUGAGACUGGAGAUUGGCAUGUUGUAGAAGAAUUUACUGAUCAAAAUCAAAUCUAUAAUAGGACCAACAUUGAAAGUUUUGUUAAUACUAAUGGCUCAUCUGAACAAAGUGUUCUUCACGCCUUUAAAAUGGAAGAAGAUGAAGUAAAUCAUCAAUUAAACUCUGAAUAUAAGAUUGAUGAGAAAAUUGUUGACACCCAGCAAAAAAAUUGCCAAUUUUGUGAUUUCUCAUCCGAAAAUAACUGUGAUCUCAAUAUUCAUAUAAAUACUAUUCAUUCAAAAGAAAAGCCACAUAAGUGUAAUUUAUGUGAUUAUGCUGCAAACAAAAAAUCUUAUCUGAAAGUACAUAUAAAUACAGUUCAUUUGAAUUUGAAACAACAUAAAUGUGAUUUAUGUAAUUAUGCCACAAAUCGUAAAUCUGACCUAGAAUCGCAUAUAAAUUUUAUUCAUUUGAAUUUGUAUUUGAAACAGCAUGAAUGCACUUUGUGCGAUUAUGCUUCAAAUCGAAAAUAUGACCUACAAUUACAUAUAAAUUCUGUACAUUCGAAUUCCAAGCCACAUAAGUGUAACACAUGUGAUUAUGCUACGAAUAAUAAAUCUCAACUAAAACUACAUGUAAAUUCUGUUCAUUUGAAUUUGAAGCAGUACAAGUGUCAUUCGUGUGAUUUUAGGUCAAAUCAGAAAGCUUCUCUAAAAGUACAUAUAGAUUCUGUACAUUUGAACUUGAGGCGGCAUGUUUGCCACUUAUGUGACUUUAGUUCCCAUCUAAAAUCUUCUCUCAAAUCACAUAUAGAAUCUGUGCAUUUGAAGUUGAAGCAACACAAGUGUGACUUAUGUGAGUUUGCUUCAAAUCGCAAAUCUAAGAUAUAUAGACAUAUAGAUUCGGUUCAUUUGAAGCCACAUAAUUGUCAUAUAUGUGAUUAUGCCACAAAUAACGAAUCUCAUCUGAAAACACAUAUAGAUUCUGUUCAUUUGAAUUUAAAACGAUAUAAUUGUGAAACAUGUGAUUAUGCUACAAAUCGGAAAUCAGAUCUUGAAUCACAUAUCAAUUCUUUUCAUUUAAACUUGAAACAUCACUGUCAUAUGUGUGAUUUUAAAAGUAAUUGGAAAAAAUCUCUCAAAAAACAUAUGGAUUCUGUUCAUUUGAAGUCAAAUGCACAUAAGUGUGACAUAUGUGAUUAUGCUACAAAUAAGGAAACUCUUCUGAAAACACAUGUAGAUUCUGUUCAUUCAAUUUGAAGCAACUUAAAUUUCUUUUUUUUGUGAAAGGUUAUAUAGUAAAUAUAUACUUGAUUUGUUGUUCCUAUUAUAUUUUAUUAUUAAAAUUGAUUCCUCUCUUAAAUCUUGAGGAAAUAAUGUUAUCAUAUUAUUAUUAUUAAUUUGAAUGCAAAGCACCAUAAGUGUCACUUAUGUGAUUUAAUGCUUCAAUUUUGCGAAUUGUGACUGUAAAAUUGACACUAUUUGUUUCGUUUUUGACAUCGAAUUUUAACAAUUUCCUUGCGUUGUUAAAGCAUGGAUCGUUCCAUUUUUAGUAAUGACGUAGUUUGUACUUGUCAAAUGUCAAAAGAUGUUGAGUUUCAUUAGUGACAACUGCCCAUAUAGCGGGCUAUUCAAAAUAAACCUCUUAUUGAACAACCUUUUAUAUUCAUGAUGCUUUGAUAAGAUCAUAUAGCAAAUAUUAAAUACUUAUUAUUUCACCUAUAUUUGAUAAUUAUUUUUCAUUUGAAUUGAAUAAAUAAAUGUGGAUAUCUUCAA